UACAAAUGGCGUCUUUUUCACCGCAACGUGAUUUAUAUUUAUAUGCGGGUUUAUUGUGACAAAUCUAGCAAAUAUUUGAUGGAAUAUGACUACUGCAAAUGGGUUUUCAGACUCACAAGAGUCUGAUAUAUUAGGUGAAGAAGAAUAUAAGGCACUAGUAAAGGAUAUUGGAGUUAGUGGAUCUUGGAUGCAAAGUAUAACAGAAGAAAUGGAGGAAAAGUACGAUUUGCCACAACAAUAUUUGGAAUCUAAAAAGCAAAUGAAAGAUGAAGAAGAAGAACAAGAUGAAGAGUAUUUUCAAGAAUUUGAUCCUGCCAUUCCAAUAAAAGAAGAGUUUCCUGGUCGUUAUAAUUUUCAGGUUUCACUGGGUAAUCUGGAUUCCAGUAAGAAUUGGGUAUAUUCACAAGUAUUAAAAAAAGUAUUUAUCAACAUGGAAGAAACACUGCCAUUACGUUUUAAGUGGGAACCACCUGAAGAUGGUCUUCUUUUACGUACUGCCAUGGUUUUUAGUUUAGAUCAGUAUGCUAGUGAUCCAGUUAGAAGAUGUCAUAAUCACAUGGCACCAAAUAACCCAAGUAAUAGAGAUAUAACCCCCAGAGUGAUCAAACAUGUUGUUCGUUGUACACACCAUCUUACCAUGUAUGAAGAAAGAGGUGAACAUCUGUCUAUAGUGAUACCCCUUAAUAGACCACAACCUGGUUCUCAAUAUGUUCCAGUGUGCUUCAAAUUUUUAUGUAAAAACAGUUGUCCAUCUGGAAUGAAUCGCAGACCAACAGAACUAAUUUUUACUUUGGAAAAUUGUAAUAGGAGAAUUUUGGGUCGCCGAAGACUUCCUGUUAGAGUUUGUAGUUGUCCCAAAAGAGAUAAGAAGAAAGAAGAAGCUGAAGUAACAGAUGGACAACCUGAUAUAAAAAAAAGAAAUCUUUGUAUACCAAUUGGGAAAAAAAUGAUGCCUUCCUGUGAUACACAUGUCUUCAAUGUUCAAUUAAAUAUUGUUGGAAAAGAAAACUACUUAGCUGUAUUAAAGUAUGCGUAUGACAUCAUGGCGGGUCAAGCCAUAAAAACUGGUCAGCUUGAUUUUUUUAAACCAUACAUGGAUGAUAUAUUGCGUAAAACUCCCUAAAUGCAUAUUUGCAUGAAUGUUAUGUCUUUCACAUUUAUGUUUAAAAAAAACAAGAAACAUGGUUUUAUAAUGUGCUAUCUAUUUAUAUAUUUUACAAAGUUAAUAAUGUAUAUUUUAAUAAUUCCAUUUGUUACUGCAUGUUAAUCUUAAUAGAUGACUAUCCUCUUUUAUAGUGGAUUCUAUAAUGCAUCGUAAUAUAAUAACUACUUAUAUAUAUAUAUAUAUACAUAUAUUAAUAUUGUGAUACUAUAUAUUUUUUACACUAAAAUAUAAUGUACUUUUUAAUUUU